AUGGAAGAGACGCUGCUGACGCCCCCGGCAACUCCGGCGGACGGUCAAGAGGCUCGCUCGGAAGCUGAGGUUGUCAAGGCCAUCGACGACCUGCUGGAGAGAUACCUCCGCCUGCUGGACGAGCAGCAGCAGCUCCAGGAAGCCAUAGGCAAGCAGUUUGCAAAUGGCUUUUUUUCUCUUGCUCGAGCGAACCAUUCAUGUCCGCCUGGCCGCCGCUAUGGGGAAGACUACUACGACGAACGGAUGAAAGCAACCAGACAGGUAGAAAUUACAAUGACGGCUACGGCAGACAGGUUGAAAGCGUCCCCAGACGUGUCCACCCCCGCGUUCAAGACAGUGACUAUCGAAACGAAGCCCGACCCUAACAGCGACAAAGACGCCGAAGAAGAAGAAGCAGGGACAGACACGCCAUCUACGGACGAAAACCAGGCACAGACACAAACACAGCCAGAGACAAAGGAGGCAAAGACAAAGCGCAAGGGCAGCAGCUCGCCCAACCCGCUGCACUGGUUCGGCAUUCUGGUCCCUCCUCCAUUGAGAAACGCACAGGAGGCUUUCGUUGGUGCUGUGGCUGGCCCGAUUCCAACGCUAGCGGGUGUUGUCAGCGAGAUGCGAGAGGUCGAGCGAAAGGUUGAAGGUUUGCGACAGCUGCUCGGCAUAAACCACUAA